AUGGAUGACGGUGCUGUGAAUCCGUUAGCCAGUCAAGAUCCGACACAAACGAGUGCUUCUCAUGGAACAGAGAGUAACCUCGAAACUGUUAGGUUGCUGAAAAUCCAUCGACAGCCAACGACAGGUCUCGCCCUUCUUGGGGCUCAGCAGGUAGGCGCAGUCCCCGAGUUUCCGUCAACCUUAUUUUACUUGAAACCAACGUGCACGAAAUUAGCGAAUAUACACUCAUUUGCAAACAAUUUUUUUCGCCCCAGGAAGAGCGAAACCGGCCGUGGGCUGAAGGAUUUUCAGCAACCUUAUGAGUAG